CUCCCGCCCGCCUCCCGGGGCUCCACUUACCGUGCAGCGCACACUUCCAUCGGCCGAUCAAGUGGCUGCUGGUUGUCGUGGCUGCGGCUUUUCGUCCUCCCGCGUCACCGCCGCCGCCAUGCCCGGAGGUCUCCUCCUCGGGGACGAGGCUCCCAACUUCGAGGCCAACACUACCAUCGGCCGCAUCCGUUUCCACGACUAUCUGGGAGACUCAUGGGGCAUUCUCUUCUCCCACCCCCGGGACUUUACCCCAGUGUGUACCACAGAGCUUGGCAGAGCUGCAAAGCUGGCACCAGAAUUUGCCAAGAGGAACGUGAAAAUGAUUGCCCUUUCAAUAGACAGUGUUGAAGACCAUCUUGCCUGGAGCAAGGAUAUCAAUGCUUACAACGGUGAGGAGCCCAGAGAAACGUUACCCUUCCCCAUCAUUGAUGAUAAGAAUCGGGAGCUUGCCAUCCUGUUGGGCAUGCUGGACCCAGCAGAGAAGGACGAAAAGGGCAUGCCUGUGACUGCCCGUGUGGUGUUUGUGUUUGGUCCUGAUAAGAAACUGAAGCUGUCUAUCCUCUACCCAGCCACCACCGGCAGGAACUUCGAUGAGAUUCUCCGCGUAGUUAUCUCUCUCCAGCUGACAGCGGAGAAGAGGGUCGCCACCCCAGUGGACUGGAAGGAUGGAGAUAGCGUGAUGGUCCUUCCAACCAUCCCUGAAGAGGAAGCCAAAAAACUUUUCCCAAAAGGAGUCUUCACCAAAGAGCUUCCAUCUGGCAAGAAAUACCUCCGCUACACUCCCCAGCCCUAGGUCUCCAAGGAGUCGGUACUGGAACCACUCACUCAGCACAGUGAGCUUGAGGUGCCGGCUGCCAAUCAUGUUUUCCAACAGCGAUUCCAUAAAAACGCCUUGAUGUGAUCAUAGCCAAGGUCUUUAGGUUGCUAUUCUACUGGCUUAUUAAAUGAAAGUGGCACUAGAAAUUUCCUGGGGUUCUUUCCUCUGUGCCUUCACCAGCGUUUUGAUCUGUUCGUGGAUUGUAGCAGUCCCUGGUGACUCUCUUUGAAAUAGAUGCUAUUUUUGAGACUCAGAUCUUGUUGCAUCUCUGCAGGAUUUAUGAUCCAUGAGGUAGUAUUUGUUGAUGGUUGGAGCUUGCUUUGCUCUAUCAUAGAAAGACUGUCAGUUCUUUUUAACUGUUCUAAUGAAACCCUCCCUUCUGUUACUCAUUUUGGGGAGCAACAAAAGUUGAGGUUCAAGUUCCUCUGCAGAUAUGUAAGUAUUUAACCAAGAACUUAGAGUAACCUAUUUAGAUGGUCUUCAGUAUUCAGUGUUCUGAUCACAGCUGGGGGAAAAAAACUUUAGCUCUGUACUUUUCCAGUAGGUAACUAAAGUGGGAUGAGCAGAGGGGAGGGAUCCUUAUUUUUCUAUAAAGAAUAUUUUUCAGUAAAUGUCUAGCAAAAGAGGGAGGCUGUAGAAAGGGUUCCACUUGCCUGCCAGGGAUGUGGACCAGAAAGUGAGCAGUAUGACAGUGCCAUAUGCCUUUCAUGCGGAGCGUUUCCAUGUGUCAGUCUGCUCCAUGACAAUGGGCACAUGAAACGCCAUGCCUUGGGAAGAGAGGAAAGGGUGUUCAAAAAUGUUUUACUACAAAACUAUUCUUGUAGUGGGGAAGAAUUUUGAUUUGGGGAGCAGUAAAUAAAUCCUUUGUGAAACUGAA